GGAGGCGGGGUUGAGCUAUUUCCCGGCGCUGCGGCUCAGUCGGUGCCCGGAGUGGGAGCGGUGGCGGCUUUGCUUUCUGACCCAGUGGCUGGGCGUAGUGCAGUGUUAGAGUGGGUGGUGGGAAGGAGGAGGAGGCGGCGGCGAUGGUCGCCCAGUGAGGCCGGGGAUUGAGUCGGACUUGGGCCUUUGCUCAUCUCUGGGGCCAUGGAGAACCCGAGGAGACACAGGCUUAAAAGAGCAACAUUUCUCAACGAAUUAACAGUCUUCCAUGCUUCCUGCUGAUUUCCAUAAGUUUGGAAAUGUGCUCUAUUUUUAAAUAUAUUAGGAAAUAUCAUAUAGGAAAUUAUUUGCAAUUAAUGGAUUUUUAAAAUAUGCAGUGAUUAUUUAGAAUAUAUAUAUAUAUAUAUACAGCCCACUGUGUUUCCUGCUCUCUAUCUGGGACCAGCUUGGCGAGUUGAACUGUAGUCAUGUCUGAUUUGGGCUCUGGGAUGGAGUCUGGUCUCUUGAACGUGUUGAGGUGGUUUGGACUUGUCGCUGUGUUCCUGGCCUCAGUCCUCACCCUGGCGCUGUAUGGGUUUCGUUGUGUGACAGGGAUUUCCUGGGAGAGGAUUAGAAGUAAGUUUGGGUUGGGGGCAAGGACGUCUGCAGGUUCUCCUCCGAGUGACCCUUUCGAAGGGGCAGCCCCUCUCCUAUGCUGGCUUCUCUCCCUGGAGAGUUGGAACCGCCAGUGGCAGAAAGCUUGGCUCGGUGCACUCAACAAAGCAGCCUUGGGGAACCUGAGUUCAUUGCAGCUUACUAUUGACAAUGUGGGUCCGUAUUCAUCUCCUCUGUCUCUGAGUCGUGUGACCAGUGUUAUCAAAUCCGCACAACACUUGGUACUUGGAUGCCACGUGACUGGCGAAUAUGCCCAGUUUUCUAUCACUGUGACGCAGGAGUCUCCCGUUGCUGUGGCAAUGGAAUCCUUUAAUGUCCACAUGUCUCCACUUCACGUCGAGCUGAUGAUUGACAUUGAAGACUCUGAUGAUGUAAAAGUCACAUGGAAUCUUCAGAAUUGUCGAAGCUUAAAUUUGAAGGUGACACCAAAAGUUAAAAAGGAGGUAGCAGAGGGAGAUGCUGACCCGGAGACUAUUCACAGACUGUUACAAGAUAUGUUCACCUCUGCCCAUCCAAUGGUCUUACUGACUAUGAAGGCCGCACCUUUAAUGAAUUGUAAUAAUUUUCCAGUCUCCCAGAAAUUUCCCAAUGCAGAGUUAUCGUCGCAGAUCUUCUCGCCUCCAAAACCACCGCGAGCUCAUGAACGGAAGCUUCAGGUGAAGAUCAUCAAAGUGGAAGAACUGGCAGCUCCCAAUAUUGCCGAAAGUAUCCACCCAUAUUGCGUUGUGCAGUUGGACAACCCAGUGCAGAAGUUCUCUGGCUCAGUGAUGAGCAGCAUCUCCAUUCCCCAGUGGGACCAGCAGUUUGUAUUUGAGCUGAGUGCUAAGUCAAAGAAACUUCACAUGCAGAUUUUGGAGGAUGGAAGACCCUCGGAAAUACUUGGUGAGGUGACUGUGCCAAUAGAUCUAUUCAAGAAACAGCCAAGUGGGGUACAAAGCUUUCGCCUGGUCAACAAACAGAAUGGGAAUAGUUUGGGAUUCAUCACGGCUGAGUUCUGUUAUAUGGAACCCAACGAAAUUAAAUCUCGACAGUCGCCCAAACUGCUUCCAGCAAAGAAAGUCGACAAGGAUCGGACAGUCAUGCCUUGUGGCACGGUUGUUACCACGGUAACUGCUGUUAAGUCCAAGCCUCGAACAGAUGGGAAGCCUUGUGGAUUGCUUGCAGACGCCCCCAUGAAGUCCUCCACAGAUGUGAAAGAUGCGGAUGAGGAAUCCUUGGCACUGGGCAACACUGAGCAGGGAGCUCGUGUUAGUAAACUCUUGUCAUCGUCUGAUACAGAGCUCCUGCACUUGAGUGGCACAGACCCAGUGGCUGAGGCAGCGAUUCGGCAACUUACUGAGUCUGCAAAGCACAAAUUGAAGUCUCCCAUCAAGAAAAGUACCAUCGUCAUUUCAGGUGUAACGAAGACUCCCUUGGCUGCGGAUGAUGAGAUGACACUAUCGGCCAACUAUGCAGCUGCAAUGGACGCGUCUUUAGGGCAGGAACCUCAGCUCCACCCUUCCUCCAACGGCAACCCUGAGCUCUCUUCUGAAAAGACACUAACUCCGAGCCCACCUGAGGCGGAGGUUUGUCCCGAUGAAGAAACUUCAUCCUCGUCAUCAGCAAUCCGAGCUGAUGGGCCAUUCAACCAAUGGAACACUGGUUUCCAGGAAGACCUGGAUUUUGAACGGAAAUCGAAUAGUUCCUUUGGCGGCUCAGAAGCGGGAACGAUGAAAAAAUCCAGAGGCGGAUUUAUGCGGAGCGGUGCAAAAUUCCUUUUCCGACGCAGACAUCAUCAGAAGGAACCCGGGAUGAGCCAGUCGCACAACGACCUGGUUUAUCUGGAGCAUCCGACGCCUCUGGAGAAGGAGAGGAAGUCGGCCAAGAAACAAUUUAAAAGACUUUUCCCAAAAUCUAAAAGUAAAGCGAAAGUGAAUGGCUCUGCCGCAAACUGAGGUUGCUGUCUCUCCCAUUUCUCUUUCUCCGUCCCACAGCAGUGCACUGUGACGAAAGAAUGUCCAGAUUCCAGAAGCCUCAAGGUUUUAUUUGACUUAUAAUUGCAGAGGCGCUUUUUUCCCCCAUCCGGAUUAUUCCAGUCUGGAAGGAAAUGUAUUUUUUAGAAUUUUACAUCACUCUCAUCGAGGGAAACAUUGCAACACUUUUUCUUUCAGGAGGUAUUUAGGCCUCCAUAAUAUUCUGGAUUUUCUCAGUUAUGGGAACUGAGUAAUGUUGAAAUAUUUUGGGGGGAAAAACAGGGCACCUUCCUUGUUUUAUCAAGUACCCAGUCCCUAACAAUUGCUUUGGAUGCAACUUUUCUAUUCGUAUAAAUUAUUUGUGCCUUUCUGACCUGAUUGAUGCCGGGUUAGAAGAGUUUUACAGCAUGGUUCCGUGCCCAGUUUGAGAAGAUUUUCCACCGUGUUCAGUGUCCAUUCAAUUGAUUAUUGCCACUUUGAGUUUAAAACAUUUGCAAUGGAGCUGAAAGCCAAAGAACCUCAAUUAGAUUGUUCCAUCUGUUUCUAUUUCAGCUCUUCUGUCACCCUGUUACCCCUGCCAAUUGCUCCUCCCCAUUUUACAAGGAUGCAUCAAAACUGACCAGGAGGUAGCUUGCUCUCCAGACCUCUGCAGAUUCUCUGGACCUUAACAGAUGGGACAGGUCUGCUGCCAAUCCCCCCAGCCCUCAGCAGUUCCUAAGUCUAAUGGUCAGCUCUCACUGAGCUGAUUAUAAAGAGAACAAGUAAUAUAACUCUUUGCAUUGCAUUUGUUUUUACUUCUUGAGAAGUUAUCCCUGCCAAGAUUCAUGAUUAGAACACUAAGAUUUAUUUAAUAUUAUCUGUAUGAUGCCAAUCCCAUUUUACCGUGACGUUCAUGGGUUGAAUGAGUUUAGAUUCCUUACAGCCUCACAAUAGCCAUGUUUGAGGCAGGUUCAGUCCUUUGUUAAGACAAAACAUGCAAAGUUCUUGUUAAAAGCUUUCCAGAAAGGCUGACAAGAUUGAUCUGAGAAGAGAUAAUCAAAUGAGUAAAGGGAGAAGAUUGUCCCUUCUCAAACACAAGCAAAUGGAAAUUGGACGGAAAAAAAACUAGUCGAAUUUCUGAGCACGUAGAUAUCAAGCUAGAAAUGGGGAAGUAUCUGAUUUGUAUAUAUUUGAGCCAUAUUAUUCAAACAAUUGCAUUUGCAGAAAUGAUGUCGUGCUCAGAACCUAAUGCAUUACACUACAAAGCUGGAGGAUUGAAUUCAAUCCUGUCAGCCUCUGAACUGGUGAAAUUUCUAACUACAAAUCUGCUCGUGGCUUUUCCUAAGUUUUCAAUUUGGGAAGACAAAUCCAUGGGAUGCAAAUUUGAAACAAAACACCAACUGCAUAAGUAGAUUUACGACGACACCGAAUUAUGUAAAUUAUUCCCUGCCCUGAAUGUAUCUGAAAUAGGACAGAUCAGAGGUCUGAAUAUAUGUGACUCAGCACCCACUCAUUAUUAUUAUUAUUGUAGGGAAUGACACACAAAACGGAGCUUCCUAUUUCCCAGCUGAGCAUGCUGUUGCUGCAUUGGGUCACUUUUAAGUGCCGCUUCUUUGGGGAAUCUUCUGAAACUGCGUUAGGAUAAUUAAUAAAUCCCAUCAAUCCAA